CCAUUUCAUUCCAGAGUAUAAAAGGAUGCUCUGAUGUAGACAUAAAAUCUGUUUGGUUCUGUUAUCUGCGUGUAUCAUUUUGCAACUAACUUUACGAAACGAAGCAGUGAAGUCAGCAUUUCAGUAAAAAACGAUUCAAAUUGAGAACGAGCAACUUGCAGAAAUGACUCUGGAAACACCGACAUGGCUAAAUCUAUGCUUCGUAGAGAAGAUCCUACGAAAAUCGGAAGACGACAACUCGAUCCAAGUGAUCGACAUAUUUUCGAAACCGGCCACAGCUAAGGGUGAUAACUACACUAGCGACAUGAUCAGGGUUACUGCUGAAUUUUCGCGUGACCAGAGUGAUCGUAAGAUUACAGAAAAGAAAUCAAUUAUCAUCAAAGUUUCGCCUAUACUUGAAGGAGUUCGACAGGAUCUUGUCACGCAGUCAGGUAUCUUUCACAUCGAAAUAUUAAUGAUGUCAGAUACAUUGAUUAAAAUGAAUAAGUUAUUAGGACCAAAGCAUCGCUUAAGUGGGAAAGGUCUGUACGUACAAAGUGAAAAUCCAACGCUUUUGGUGAUGGAAGAUCUCGCGCCUCUCGGCUUUCGCAUGGCUUGCCGUCUGUCAGGUCUCGAUCUAGAUCAUACUAUAUUGGCGCUUCGCGGAUUAGCCAAGUUUCAUGCAGCCUCUGUAGCAGUAUGCGAGAAGGAACCAAAACAAAAGGAAAUGUAUUCGAGAGGAAUGUUUAGCGACAAACACCCUCCAGAAAUGAGAGGUUUUUUCAUUAUGAGUGUUAAAACUUUAGCAGACGAGAUUGCAAAUUGGCCAGAAGUAAAAAAAUAUUCGGAAAAAAUUGCUAAACUUACCGACCACAUAUAUCAAAUAGGAAUAGAUGCAACUGAGCCAUCUGAAGAUGAAUUCAAUGUCAUUAAUCAUGGUGAUUUCUGGGUAAACAAUAUGUUGUUCAAAUAUGACAAUGAUGGCAAACCUACUGAUCAUAUUUUCGUGGAUUUCCAACUGUGCGUGUACACUUCGCCGGCAAUCGAUCUUCUCUAUUUUCUUAAUACAAGUCCUUCCCCGGAUAUCGUCGAAAACAAGAAAGAUAUUCUGUUAAAUGAAUAUCUUGGCACACUGUCGGCGAUUAUGAAGCAAUUAAACUGCAAGACACAGCCGCCCACUAUGGAGGAAUUAAAGGCUACAAUAAAGCGAAGAGCUAGCUAUGGAAUGAUAUCAUCCUUUACGGUUCUUCCAAUAAUGCUGUGUUGUAAGGAUGAGGCAAAAGAUUUGGAUGAAAUCAUGAGCACUGGUACUUUUGUAAAUCCAGGUUUUAAAAGCGAAACUUUUAAAAAGAUAAUGAUAAAAAGAAUUCCAAUGUAUGACGAGUGGGGUUUACUAGACCUUUAAUGCAUAUUUAAUGAUUUCCUGAUAAAUAAUUUAAAAAAGGAAUAAAAUUAAUAAAAACAGGAAUCGAAAAAGAAAUAAGAAUAAUAGAAAAAAAUAAUAGCUAAUCAAAAUACACAGCAAAAUCAUAAAAAUUAAUAACAAUAAGGGAGAAUGGGGUAGGACAGCGUAGUUAAAAUUUGAUGAAUAAAAUCUAGGUUUUCAUAAUUAUCAUAACAUUGUUACAUAUUUUAUUGUAUAUAUAGGAGAAGAGGGUAUUAUGGUUACUCCCAUAAGCACCAUGGUAAGCACCAUGGUUACUCCCAUUAUUUCUGUUAUUAGAUAAAUUCAAAUAAUUGUUUAUAAAAUUACACAUUAGUAGCAUUUUUUGAUGGCCCUAAUAUGGCCCUAAUACACAAUAGCUAACAAUUAUUAUAUGGCAUUUUUACUUUUGAACACUACUAAACCUUUUCAAAGUACACUUUAGCACUUAAUUUCAUAUACUCCUUCAUUGUUUUUAAACUUAGCGUAUUAUCACACGAAUGUACGUACAAUCAAGUGUUUUAUGUUAUUUAGCUUUUUAUGUUAUUUAGCUUUUUAUUCGGCCAUAUUUUAAGUUAUAUAGAGUUAAACAAUAACAUGAGAUUUUGUUAAUAUUGUUUGUUUAGACAAAAUUUUUAUAUUAAAAUAUUUCUUUGAUAAAUCGAUUGUUACUCUAAAAGGUAAUGUUUAAAAAUAAUAGAAAUAUUAUUUUAUAUUUGUUUUAAAGUUAAAGUUUAUUUAAAGUUAAACAGAGAUAAAAUAAUAUUUUUUGUUACGUCCGCCGAUUUGGAAAUCGUGCAGCGUAAUUGGUUUUUUAGUAUUCUUGUAGACCGCUGUCACUAGUUAUUGUGACCAUGGGUGAUAUGCUCAUCAUUACAACACUUAUUAUUUGGGGAGAUUUUGAGAGUGAAAAUUGUAUUGGGUGUUGGAUUUCGAGGCUGCGUGAAAAAGGAUGCGUGAGAUUGUGUGUAGUAAAAGUGCUUGUAUUUUCAGGUUUAAAUUAUUAGAACAUUUCUUAAAUAAAAUAUAUAUACAGGGA